CCCGCCCCCGUCCAGCCUGCCCGCCCCGGCGCUGCCGAGCUCGGCCCUCACGGCGCCGCCAUGGCGCGCUCGCUCAACUCCAUCGUGGCCGUGAGCCAGAACAUGGGCAUCGGAAAGGACGGGCGGCUGCCCUGGCCGCCCCUCAGGAGUGAGUACAAGUACUUCCAGAGAAUGACUACCACGUCUCAUGUGGAAGGUAAACAGAAUGCACUGAUAAUGGGUAAAAAAACCUGGUUCUCCAUUCCUGAGAAGAACCGUCCUCUAAAAGACAGAAUUAAUAUUGUGCUCAGCAGGGAGCUCAAGGAAACCCCAAAAGGAGCACAUUAUCUUUCCAAAAGUCUGGAUGAUGCUUUAGCUCUUUUGGAUUCACCAGAGCUAAAAAGUAAAGUAGACAUGGUUUGGAUCGUCGGAGGCACUUCAGUUUACAAGGCAGCAAUGGAGAAACCAAUUCAUCAGCGAUUGUUUGUGACAAGAAUCUUGAAGGAAUUUGAAAGUGACACAUUUUUUCCAGAAAUUAACUAUAAAGACUACAGACUUCUCACAGAGUACCCAGGUGUCCCUGCUGAUAUCCAGGAAGAGAAUGGGAUCCAGUACAAAUUUGAAGUAUACGAAAAAGCUGUUGUGGCAAAGUAAAUGAGGCAUUCUGUACUUCUGUGUAAGGGGAGGCAUUUUAGAUCCUGAAGUCUUACUGAGUGUAAAUAUACAUUAAAUUUUUGAGAGCAAAUCGUGCCAGAUAGUACAACAGCUUGGUAGUGAAUGAUUCCAAAAAACACACCCUACACUCUACACCCUGCACUGGAAAUAAAAGGGUGGUCUGCAGCAUGAAGAGGUAGGUCUGAGCAAUUCCAUAACAAAGGUAGCAUGAGACCUUGCAUUGAUCUGACAAUCCAUGGCAGUAUCUCUGACACUUCCCUAAUGAAAGGCAUUAGACUGUGUCAGAGCAUUUCUACUGAAACCAAGGGUUUGAGUAGCUCGUGGUUCAAAAUGUCCAGUCAAUCCUCCCUAGUUUGACUGGGGUGUUGUGUAGCUUUAUAGCAGUCUUUGAAGUUUGUUGGUGUAGAGGGAAAGAUAACCAAGCCCAACAAGAGAAAGGGAGCCUGGAAGUCUCAGGCAGCUGUUGAGGGAUGCACUGAUCCUUCUUACCACUCCAGUGUGGGUCCCCACAGGGUCCCCAGUUCUGCCACCAAACCUGCUGCAGUGUGGGCUCCUCUCUCCAUGGGGCCACAGGUCCUGCCAGGAGCCUGCUCCAGCAGGGCUUCCCACGGGAUCAGAACUUCCUUCAGGAAUCCCCUGCUCUGAUGUGGGGUCCUUCAGGGCUGCAGGAGGGUCACAGCACCCCCAUGGGCCCCCAGGGGCUAUAGGGGCACAGCUGCCUCACCACAGGCUGCAGGGUAACCUCCGCUCUGACUCCUGGAGCAGCUCCUGUCCCUCCUGCUGCACCGACCUGGGGCUCUGCAGGGCUGCUCUUCUCUCACAUUCUCACUCCUCUUGUGAUUGCUGUUGUUCCCUACAGGCUUUUCCCUACCUUCUUAACUUGCCCCAGAGGUGCUACCCCCAUGGCUGAUGGGCUCAGCCUUGGCCAGCCGCAGGGCUGCCUCGGAGCUGGUUGUACAUGGGGGAAGCUUCCAGCAGCUCCUCACAGAAGCCACCCCUGCAGCCCCCUGGGACCAAAACCUGGCCACACAAACCCAGUAUAGUCUGAUAAAGAGGUUUUAAUGUGUUGCUCACUUCACACCUGUGAGGAGGCUUUGCUCCUCUCAUAAAAAGUUGCUGUGCCUCUGACCGCCACCACCUCACAGUGUAAGAACAUACACAUUGAUUCCUUAAACAGUCUGUGUUCCUACAUCCUUGCCAAUUGUUACCAGUAAAGAUGCAGUUAAUUUGUCACUGUGUUUUUGAAUGGUCUAUCUGACAAAUACAGAUUAUAAGCAGAUAGUCUAGUCCAGUUUCAUCUUCAUUAAAUACAGCCAGUGUAAUAAUUUGUGCUGCUGUUCCUUUAGAAUAUCAGCUAUGAGCACCCCCUGAAUUUUUCACAGCAAUUUAUAACACUUAGCUGAUAAAAAAAGAUAAUUUUUGCAGCAUCUGUUCUGGGUUGUCUCAGUUUUCUCUGUUUCCUUUGAAACUGUGAGUACUUACCAUCAUUGAUCUUCUUGUUCCAUGUGUGCUGAUAUUACAUCGAUCGAUAAAAGCAAGUUUAUGCUUGCAUAAUGCAGGAAGAAGUCUCCUGAGUUUUAAAUUGACAGCACAUUGUUGAAGGGGAGGAAAGAGACUGUUACCAGGGAGAUGUCAUGGGGGUUUUUUUUAAAUAUAAGUCACAGUGACCCUGGCAAGAGAAUAACUUCCUGAAAGCAUUUAAAACAUACCAGUUAUAAGUCAGUGUUGAAAGCUCUGCAUAAACACUCUGCAAAGUAUUGUGUUUAGGAAAACUGACAUUUAUUAGAAAUGGAAGAAAAGACUUCAUACAAUGUUGGAUUACACUGUGAUGCAGAGACCAACAUCCAUUAGAAAAUUUCUGCCUAAGCAUACAUUGCAGGAGAUACGAUUCAUUUUCUAGAGUGAUUUUGAUUGCAAAGAACUUAACCUGGAUGCAAAAACAAGCCUGCUGAGAACAUAAGUGGUUACUCUUGACUGUUUUCUGAACUGACUUAGUCCUCUCCACACUUAACUAUGUUCCUUUGUCAAAUUCGACAACAAAUUAAGUUAAUUUGUGGUUCGUGGAAAUGCAGACUUUUGAGUUUCCUACUUCAGUGUGUCUCUCUGCCAAAGAGAUGCAUUUCUGUUUGGUUUGGUUUUUAGUAGAAGCACUACAUUUGGACAGCACUUUUUGUACCACAGCUUUUCAAUACACAAAUCCCAGCUGAAAAGUAGGAAAAUGCAUUUGACUACAGUGAAGUUUGGUCCAAAAUAAGUGUGUUCACCCCACUGACAGACACUGCAAGGUGAGAUGCUGAUGUUUCAAGAUGGACAGAGGCAGAAAGGUGUGAGUCUGUGUGCUCAGGAAGCACAUACAUUUUGCUUGCUGUCAGGGAUUUAUUUCCUGAGGAUGGUUACCUGGCACCUGCUACCUCCCCAUUUAUAUUUCCCAAGAGAAAAAUGAAUAUUUUAUAUUAUGGCUUGAGGCAAAAAAAAUAUCCUUGGUUCCA